CCACUUGAUGCAGGAGCUGCUGCAGGUUGAUCGCUGAGAAGCCGACAGGAUGAAACUUUGAUCGAAAAUUAAAGAAUAAGAAGCUGCUCACGUCAUCAUGGCUCUGAAGGCUCAGGUUCUGUACGACUUCACAGCUGAACCAGGAAACAACGAGCUGUCAGUCACAGAGGGCGAGACGGUCACUGUGCUCAACCAGACUGUGGGUGGAGGCUGGAUUGAAGCCCAGAACUCCAGCGGACAAACCGGACUGGUACCUGAGGGAUAUUUACAGGUCGGUGGCGGUGAAGGAGGUGGGGACUCCUGGUCAGGGGGCGGGGCUUCUAGCACAGCAGAAGGAUGGGACAGUCAGGGAUAUGCGUACACUCAACAAGAAAACUGUUUCCGGUCUCCGGCAGCUGUCGAGGACGACGACGGCGAGUGGGAUGACGACUGGGAUGACCGGUCGCUGGGCAGUUACCGCGGUGACGGUCAGGCGUAUGACGAGGGUGGGGCUUCGGGACCGAGCACCCACGGCCCCUCUGUGAAAAUCUCCCUCAACAAGUUUCCGUUCUCCAAAGGACCGAGCCCUGAAGUCUUCCUGUUGGCCAAACCCCCAGCCAACAGCAGAGACAGACUUCCCGUCUACAUGGGAGAAGUGGGUCCGGUCUGGUUGUACCCUUCGGCUCCUCUGGACUGUGUGAUCGCUGAUCCAAAGAAAGAAUCCAAACUGUAUGGACUGAAGAGCUUCAUCGAGUACCAGAUCACUCCCAGUACGACCAACACGCCUGUAAAUCAUCGCUACAAACACUUUGAUUGGCUGUAUGAGCGCCUGCUGGAGAAGUUCGGCUCAGCUCUGCCCAUCCCCUCACUGCCGGACAAACAGGUGACAGGCCGGUUCGAGGUGGACUUCAUCAGGAUGAGGAUGGAGCAGCUGCAGUCCUGGAUGACUCGGAUGUGUCGUCACCCCGUCGUCUCUCAGAGUGAAGUCUUUCAGCUCUUCCUUACCUACAGAGACGAGAAGGAGUGGAAGGCGGGGAAGAGGAAGGCGGAGAAAGACGAGACGGUGGGCCCGAUGAUCUUCAGUCUGAUUGAAGCUGAAGCUGCAGAGCUUGACGCCGCUCAGGUUGAACAGAAGUGUGAGCACUACAGUCGCUUCACAAAGUCGAUGGACGAUGGAGUCAGAGAGCUGCUGAAUGUCGGACAAACACACUGGAAACGCUGCACCGGACCGCUACCUAAAGAGUACGAGCGGAUUGGUCGAGCCUUCAGGAACCUGUCGAGUGUUUUCAUCAGCAGCAGUUAUCCAGGAGAGGAGACGUUGACGGAUGCUCUGACAGCUGCUGGAAAAACCUACGAGGAGAUCGCAGAGAUAGUCGCUCAGCAGCCUCAGAAGGACCUUCACUUCCUGUUGGAGACAAACAACGAGUACAAAGGCCUGCUGGGAUGUUUCCCAGAAAUCAUGGCCGUACACAAGGCUGCAGUGGAGAAGCUGAAGGAAGCUGAUCGUCUGGUUUCUUCAGGAAGAAUCAACAGCAGCGACAGGAAGUGUAUGAACCAACGAAUCAGCUGCAUGAGCUACUCACUGCAGGCUGAGAUGAAUCAUUUCCACAGCAACCGUAUCUAUGACUACAACAGAGUGAUGCAGCUUUACCUGGAGCAACAGGUGUCCUUCUACCAACAGAUCGCUGACAAGCUGCGAGGAGCUCUGAGCCAUUUCACCACCCUGUGAGGAGGAUGACGUCACUGAUGACAUCACAGCCCGCUGAUGUCACUGCUCCAUUUCUAACGAAAUCAAAGUUUUUAGUUUGUUUCAUAUUAAACGAAUGAAGUUGACAUUUAACCCUUAAAAUGAUCAUGUGAUUUAUUUUGUGUGAACUCUUCAUGUUGUCAUAAACUUUUCACAGAUUAAAUUCAUCUUCAUCGCGU